AUGAUGAAUAGGGCUUUGACUCCCAGGGCGAGGAGGAGCUAUAAGUACGAUGAAGAUAGCUGUCGGUCGAUGUCGAUUCACGAGUACGAGGAAUUCAUGGUGGGGUUCAAGGAGGACGUCCCUCUCAAAUUCUGCGACCAAGACCGGAAGGGGAAGGGGAAGCUAGUGUACCAACUGGAGGAGGCGCCGCCGCAGCAGAUCACGCUGAAGGAGGCGCUGCGGGCGUCGGUUGGGGUGCUUGGAGAGAGCCCACUGGGGAUGACGGAGAAAGUGGUGCUUCUCGGCGGCAAAACGUGCGCGGUGAAGCGGUUUAGGAUGGUGGUGGUGAAGAGAGUUGAGUUUGGAAGGAGGGUUGAGAUGGUGGCUCAGAUUAGCAGCCAAUGUGAAUUUCUUGUUCCCUUAUUUGCUUAUCUAUAUGCUAAGAGGAUCAAGUUAGUUGUCUCUGAUUAUUAUCCCAUGGGAAGCCUUGCAGAUCUUCUUUCAGGUGCGAGGGAGCGAGGUCAAACAGCACUAGAGUGGGGCCAACGGCUGCAGAUAGUAGUCAGCAUUGCCCAAGCCAUUGCAUUCAUCCACUCCCAACCCCACCACUCUCACAAGGACAAGGACAUGUACCUAAACAUCCAUGGCAACAUCAAGUCCUCCAACGUCAUGGUCAACGUCGACUUCACCGCCCGCCUUGCCGACUACGGCUUCGCCCAGCUCGCCGCCCGGACAGACCACUGCGGCACGCCGCAUCUCAUUAGGUCAAACUUUAGGUUCUCCGAAACGCUAAGCCAGAAGAGCGAUGUGUACAACUUCGGAGUCAUCUUACUGGACGUGUUGGGGAUAAAGAAGAGCGACGUGAUCAAGAAGGGGAAGAUGAUGAUGAGCAGUUGUUUCGAAUUCGACGUUGAAGGGAAGGAGAAAAGGCAAGCGUUGGGAGCAUGGGACAUUGCUUUGGCUUGCACCAAGAAGUUGCCGGAGGAGAGGCCUGAUAUGGAGCAGGUGCUCGCACUUAUGUACGAUGUGAAAAAGGUAACCAUUUAGGAUAUAUUUAUGUUGUUUGUGUAGGUGAUGAUGAAAAAAAAAUGUUAGAUCACAUGUGAGAUCAUAUGUAAGACAAUUUUGGAUGAUUUACUUUGAUGUGGCCACUAGGUUGGCCCGGAGAUGUAAAUCUCUUUCUGUUUAUUUAGGUAUUUGUUUCAUAUAUAUAGUUUACAACCUUAAUAUUGUAAACGCAAAUUAAAAAAUAAUUGCAUGUAAGGAUUGUUUCCCUA